UUUAAUGCUGCUUAUCAUCUUCUUUAGAUUACAUAGAUAACAGAAAGAUGUUAUCUUUUGUAAUCUUAUUUAAGCUUUCUUCUGCAGGCUUGGGAGGGAAAUUAAAUUAAAAUUAUACCCUCUUUAAAAAUUCUCAUUUCCCAUUCCAGCAAAGAAAAGAGAUACACUGACCAAAAAACCCAAAAACGUUACUUCUUUCCCUUUUCUUUGGAAAACAACUGUUGCUAGCUUACACAGAAAUACAAAAUAAACAGCAGAGUAGAGAAAGAACGAAAGAAACAAGAAAUGUUUGCUGCACAGAAUGGACUCAAAGGAGACCCAAGGCUACAGGCCAUCUCUGAAGCUAUUAGGGUGGUGCCUCACUUCCCUAAGCCAGGGAUAAUGUUUCAAGAUAUAACAACUUUGUUGCCGGAUCAUAAGGCUUUUAAAGAUGCUGUUGAUAUAUUUGUUGAUCGCUACAGAAAUAUGGGCAUUUCUGUGGUUGCUGGAGUUGAAGCUAGAGGAUUCAUGUUUGGCCCAUCAAUUGCCUUAGCCAUUGGAGCAAAGUUUGUUCCUUUAAGAAAACCACGAAAGCUGCCAGGUGAAGUGAUCUCAGAGAAGUAUGUGCUGGAAUAUGGAACUGAUUGCCUUGAAAUGCAUGUGGGUGCUGUUCAGCCUGGGGAGCGUGCAUUGAUAAUCGAUGAUUUGGUAGCAACAGGAGGGACCCUGUCGGCAGCAAUAAGACUCUUGGAACGCGUGGGGGCUGAAGUCGUUGAAUGUGCAUGUGUUAUUGGAUUGCCUGAGGUCAAGGGACAGCGCAGGCUUAAUGGAAAACCCCUUUACAUCCUUGUGGAGCCACGCGAAAUAGAUGAUGGUUAUCAAGGUACAGCAGGUUCUUAUUAUGAAUUUAUAGUCAACAAAUAUGUUGGGAGUCCAUACUGUGUAGAAGAGCUGUGAGUGUGAAUAUGCUUGGGCUGACUUGCAGAAAAGAGAUGAAGCUCGAGCAGUAGGUCAUGGAUAUGUUAGAUAUAUGUUUCAAUGAUUUGUUUGUCCUGUCUUUUCCAAAAUGAAAUAGGAUGUCCAGAUUUCGGAUGUAUCUGCUCAUCAUGCGAUGUCUGCCCCUUCCUAAGGUUGUUUUGACCUUUUUCAUGAUAAAAAACUCACAUUUCUAAAUUGUCUUGAAGAACUCA